AUGGGGGCAAAAGCCUGCCGAUGCUGCAGCGGCGAAGAUGCAGGAGUGGAGACUCUCGAGUUGGACAAGGCGACGUUCGAGGUCUCCGCGGCGUCUUCGCUCCAGGGAAGCGUCGAGGAGCAGGUGGUGGAGGCGGUGCCGAAGAGUAUUGAAAAAGACUCCACCAGUCCAGCUGCAGAGGAAGAGGGGCAGCCGCUCGCAGACGGCCUGGAGAAGCUUGCGCUGCUUCAAGCAACGCCAGAUCCGGGCCCAAACGGCCGCCGCGGGGCCUGCAGAGAAUUCGUGCGCGAAGCGCUGGUGCAAGUUCUGACUCCUUGCAUGGCGGCACCCAUAGGGUGGCGCCUUGGGGACAUCUUUCAUCAUUUGAUGGAGUGCAAGCAAGCGAUCUGCGGUGCGUCAAAGGCGAGCCGCAAGUCAGCGCUGGAGUUUCUCUUCUCUGAUACCAAGAGCCCGCACACCCAUCGCCAAUGUGUAAUUAACAUGCACGACAGGAACUUCGAGAUCUCCUCGCAAGAUCUCCGUUUGUCGAAGGAGGACUUCCAGUGGCUCCGUGAGGACUGGGCCACGGGAACACGCCCGCAAGCUGUAGCUCAGGGCAUCCGUUUUCGGCCUGGCACUUCGCUCCAGCAUGUUCUGGUCGGCCCACACAAGGAGGAGGCGGGUGAAACCCACAGCCUCGCAACCGAUGUGCACAUGCACUUCCUGAACCCAAGCAAUCCCGAAUUGCACACCUCGGUGUUCAAGUUCUUCCGCCUCUUCUUCCAGGCAAGCCACAAAGCUUUGCAUUGGCUCGGCCCCGAUGCUGGAGAGGCGCUGCUAUCUGCCCUCUCGUCACAGCUACCGGAGACGAGCCGGGCUUUGCAGGACGUGGUGCAGGGCAACCGCUACGAGAUAACGGAGGAGCUCUCCGUGCCAGGAGUCCUUUGCCAUCGCUGGUCCUGCCAGUGGAAUCUGAAGGCGAUCCGGCGGCGGUUCGGCGAGAACCAGUACCACUUGUUUCGUGACCGCCCGAUGUACGACUUUCGAUUGGAGGAGUUGAACUCCCAACGCCUCGCACUGCGGCUGCAGGAAAUGGAGGGUCACCGCCUGGAGGUCACCUUCUUCGUGGCGAAAUCCGGGAAGCUGGUUUGGGCAGACGCAAAAGGGCGACCUUGGGUGAAGAAUGGCAGUGCUCAGGAGGUUCCAAGCUUUUGGGACACUUCGUUCAAAGCGAGGGUGAUUGACAUCCACCUGCCACUGCGAUGUUGUGGUUGCUUUGGAACCGCAUCGUUUCCGCCGUUGUCUUUUGACGUGACUGCAAGUCGUGAGCCGCACCCAACCUUUCGUGUGUCAUGUUCGGAGAUGGGCCACUUCCCUAUGGAAUGGUUCUACAGUCCACUUUUCGAUGUGACUCACAUGCGGACACUGCUGGUUCGUCACCUCGAAGUGGAGUGUCGCUUCGAAGGUGAUGAGGUGCACUUGAGUGUGCAUUUCCAGAUGCCCAAGUUUAGCUCGGUUCUCCGGCGCGUGAUGAAGGCUUUCUCGAACAAGAUCUUGGACGUCAUUUUCGGGGCUGCGCAUGAGGACCCGCCUCCGGUUGUUCUCGCCGCUCUGGGUGACGAUCUGAAGUCGCUCGAGUCACAGCUGGCCUGA